GACUGACGGCAAGCAACACGUUUCCAUUGUCAUCUGCGGCCACGUCGAUGCCGGCAAGUCGACCACGACUGGCCGUCUCAUCUUCGAGCUCGGCGGCAUCCCCGAGCGUGAGAUGCAGAAGCUGAAGGAUGAGGCUGAGCGUCUCGGCAAGGGCUCUUUCGCCUUCGCCUUCUACAUGGACCGUCAGAAGGAGGAGCGUGAACGUGGUGUGACCAUUGCUUGCACCACCAAGGAGUUCUUCACUGCCACCAAGCACUACACCGUCAUUGAUGCCCCUGGCCAUCGUGACUUCAUCAAGAACAUGAUCACUGGUGCUUCCCAGGCCGAUGUUGCCCUGCUCAUGGUUCCCUGCGAUGGUAACUUCACUGCUGCCAUUGCCAAGGGCAACCACAAGGCCGGUGAGGUCCAGGGCCAGACCCGCCAGCACGCCGUCCUCAUCAACCUGCUCGGCGUCAAGCAACUCAUUGUUGGCUGCAACAAGAUGGAUUGCGACGUUGCCGGCUACGGCGAGGCCCGCUUCAAGGAGGUCCGCGACGAGAUGGUGCACAUGCUCAUCAAGGUCGGCUGGAAGAAGUCCUUCGUUGAGGAGUCCGUCCCCGUCCUCCCCAUCUCGGGCUGGAAGGGUGAUAACCUCAUCACCAAGACCACCAACAUGUCUUGGUGGAACGGUGUCGACGUCAAGGUCGACAGCGAGACCAUCCACAUUGACUGCCUCCAGGAUGCUCUCGAGAAGAUGGUCCGCGUUCCCCAGCGCGCCACCGACAAGCCCAUGCGUACCCCCAUCUCGGGUGUCUUCAAGAUCAAGGGUGUCGGAGAUGUGCUCACUGGCCGUGUCGAGCAGGGCACCGUCAAGCCCGGAGAUGAAGUUGUCUUCCUCCCCACCCACACUUCCUCCACCGCCUGCACCGGCAAGGUCUUCACCGUCGAGAUGCACCACAAGUCCGUCGAGGCUGCCAUGACUGGUGACAACGUUGGCCUCAACAUCAAGGGUCUCAACAAGGACAACAUGCCCCGUGUUGGUGAUGUCAUGAUCCUGAAGUCUGAUGACUCCAUUGGCCGCGUCAAGUCUUUCACCGUCCAGGUCCAGAUCAUGAACCACCCCGGAGAGCUCAAGGUUGGCUACUGCCCCAUUGCCUUCGUCCGCACUUCCCGCUCGGCGUGCCGCAUGACCGCCAUCAACUGGAAGAUUGGCAAGGAGACCGGUGGCAAGAAGGCCGAGGACCCCGUUGCCCUCAAGAGCAACGAGGUUGCCGAGGUCGUCAUGGCCCCCCAGCAGCCCUUCGUCGUCGACACCUUCAAGACCUGCGAGGGUCUUGGCCGUGUCGCCAUCAUGGAGGGUAACUCGGUUGUCAUGCUGGGCAAGGUCACCAAGGUCGAGCGUGCUUAAGGCACUUCCCAUCCCCUUUAUUGUCUAGAUCGCCGACUAAUGUAGAGGAUGUGUGGUCUUUAUGUUUGACUUUGGGUGUUCCUUGGCGGCGUCAGCCUGCCCCGUCUUCUUGUUGUCAAAUUGUCAUGAGAAAACGGC